CCCCCCCCCCACCCCCCCCCCCCCCCACCCCCCCCCCCCCCCACCCCCCCCCCCCCCCACCCCCCCCCCCCCCCACCCCCCCCCCCCCCCACCCCCCCCCCCCCCCACCCCCCCCCCCCCCCACCCCCCCCCCCCCCCACCCCCCCCCCCCCCCACCCCCCCCCCCCCCCACCCCCCCCCCCCCCCACCCCCCCCCCCCCCCACCCCCCCCCCCCCCCACCCCCCCCCCCCCCCACCCCCCCCCCCCCCCACCCCCCCCCCCCCCCACCCCCCCCCCCCCCCACCCCCCCCCCCCCCCACCCCCCCCCCCCCCCACCCCCCCCCCCCCCCACCCCCCCCCCCCCCCACCCCCCCCCCCCCCCACCCCCCCCCCCCCCCACCCCCCCCCCCCCCCACCCCCCCCCCCCCCCACCCCCCCCCCCCCCCACCCCCCCCCCCCCCCACCCCCCCCCCCCCCCACCCCCCCCCCCCCCCACCCCCCCCCCCCCCCACCCCCCCCCCCCCCCACCCCCCCCCCCCCCCACCCCCCCCCCCCCCCACCCCCCCCCCCCCCCACCCCCCCCCCCCCCCACCCCCCCCCCCCCCCACCCCCCCCCCCCCCCACCCCCCCCCCCCCCCACCCCCCCCCCCCCCCACCCCCCCCCCCCCCCACCCCCCCCCCCCCCCACCCCCCCCCCCCCCCACCCCCCCCCCCCCCCACCCCCCCCCCCCCCCACCCCCCCCCCCCCCCACCCCCCCCCCCCCCCACCCCCCCCCCCCCCCACCCCCCCCCCCCCCCACCCCCCCCCCCCCCCACCCCCCCCCCCCCCCACCCCCCCCCCCCCCCACCCCCCCCCCCCCCCACCCCCCCCCCCCCCCACCCCCCCCCCCCCCCACCCCCCCCCCCCCCCACCCCCCCCCCCCCCCACCCCCCCCCCCCCCCACCCCCCCCCCCCCCCACCCCCCCCCCCCCCCACCCCCCCCCCCCCCCACCCCCCCCCCCCCCCACCCCCCCCCCCCCCCACCCCCCCCCCCCCCCACCCCCCCCCCCCCCCACCCCCCCCCCCCCCC